CUUUUGACAUUUUUUCUGUUUGUUUCUUGCUCGUCGCAAAUGUCAAAAAGUUACUUUUGAGAAGCUUUUAUGGACUUUUUGGCGUUGUUUGUAAGAUAUUCACCAAAUGUUCCGUGUUUGUUUCCUACGAAUUUGUAGGAUAAAGGGCAUUUAAAUACAAGCAAAGCUGUUGUUUAGUAAGAAUUGUUUUUUUAUACCUGAUCGAAGUAAGAAUUUGAUUAAAUUUUUGUAAACCUAAAAAAGUUAAAUCUACAAAGGAGUAAGUUGUGUAAACAUCAAUAAGACACCUAACAUAAUUUCAAAGAUGUGUGACGAGUAUGAAAUUUUUGAGUUUUUAGAAAGUGAUUUCAACGAAUCCAGAAGGGCAAAUAAAAAGAAACGUUUAAGGAACAGAGAAAAUAAUGAUCCUUUUGACUUAGAUGAAAAUGCUUUCAUUAAGGAGUAUAGGUUAACCGCAGACUUGGUGCACAAACUUUGUGAAGAGCUGGAGCCAGUAAUGGCAAAACGCUCUAAAAGAGCAUCUGAUUUAACCAUAGAAGCAAAGGUGUUAACGGCAUUGUAUUUCUAUGGGCAUGGAGACUAUCAAAAACCUGUUGGUCGGUCACAUUUUGUAGCUCAGCAGACAGUUUCUUCUGUACUUGCAGAAGUUACAACAGCCCUUAAUCACAUCAGUUUCAGGAAUAAAUAUAUAAAAUUCCCACAGAAUUAUGAAGAUCGUCAUUUAAAAAGAUUAAGAUUUUUCAACAAAUUUGGUAUCCCUGAUGUGCUUGGAUGUAUUGAUUGUACCCAUGUUCGCAUAGUAAGGCCUAAUGAGCAUGAAGAUAGAUUUUUCUGUGGAAAGAAAUUCCAUUCUCUUAAUGUUCAGUUGAUUUGUGAUGCAGAUCAACAAAUCCUUAGUGUUGAUGCGAGUCAUCCAGGAUCAUUUCAUGACUCUUUUAUAUGGAGCCACCAUCCCGUGCGUUACCAUUUAGAUAAUUUAGAGUCUGAAGCAACAUGGCUUUUAGGUGACUCUGGGUACUCACAACGUAGAACGAUGAUGACACCUAUUUUGGAUGCAGAACCAGACACACCGGAAGCGUAUUAUACGCAAAAGCAUGUAAAGGCUAUGAAUGUGAUGGAAAGUACAAUAAGUCUUCUCAAAGCCCGUUUCCGUUGUCUCUUGUGCCACAAGGCGUUGCAUUAUCGACCACAGGUUGCUGGCUUAAUUACAAAUGCUUGUGUAAUAUUGCACAAUAUUUGUAAUGAAAACAACGUGUCUGAAGUAAGGUUGACAGAAGAAGAGCAAGCAAGGGAACUUGCACAACAACCAUCAGUGGAAGCUCUUCAUGAACCAGCUGGACAAAACAACAUUGACCUUCAACGUGGUAUAUCCACACGGCAGGAUCUUGUGGCACGUCUCUGGGCUCUUCGCGGUACCUGAAAAUCUAAAAGUAGAAUUUUAUUAUCAGAUUUUUAUUUAAUAAUAUGUAUUUAGUUUUUAAGAGUAAGUUAAAAGUAGCUAUGCAGGUGGUCUAUAAACAAUAAUAUUUUUCAUUCAAUAUUUAUCAAAGUGUAGCGGGAGCGAUGAUUCGGCACGACCGCCACUAAAGGAAAGAUCUUCCACCACGCUAGUUGUUAUGCCUGGGGAACCGCGGCUCAAACAAUGCUCCCAUCCGUGAAAUCUUUGCUUGCGCGAUUUAGGAUUUUUCGCUGUUUUUGACUUAUGUCGUCGCGUGAUUUUAUUUUCGUGACUUGUGGCGUAUAGAUAUCGUCACAAAAAGAAUUUGACAUCAAUGGCAUAAUUGAAUGAAAUAUAGUUUAUUUUUAUUUUAUCAAAUACCAAUAUUUUAUUAUGUAAAAGCAUAGUAGUACUUAUAAUUAUAUGUUAGUUUCU